AUGUUCAUCGAUUAUUCCAGCUUAACAAGGUAUAAAGAGAUUAAUGAUAUAUUUUUAAGUCAAUGUACCAUUUUAAUGAAAUUUUAUGAUGAGAAGACAAUUCAAAGUAAAUUAGAAUUUAUAAUCCGUGAAUUCGAAUCUUUGGAUUUAAAUGUGCCAGAUGCUGUAUUCUUUAUGGAUGAGUCACAAUUGGAACAGUUUUUAUAUUUAACCCUUUGUAAUAACCAAAUGAAACAGGCUUAUGAUGUUAUAAUUCGUUGUCCAACACUAUAUUUAGUUGAACCUGACUUUUUAUCGCCGAUAAAAUAUAAAGAAUAUUAUAUAUUUCAAAUUGAGUUAUGUAAACAGGUAAAAGAUUUAAGAAAAGAAUAUCGAUAUUUGAGAAUUAAAAUAUUUGAAAACGUUAAGAAUCUGAUAAUAAGUUUAGUGCCUAACAUGUCCUCUGACUUAGAUAAUUUUGAAAAUUUAAACACUUUACAAAAGAUUUUGUUUAAAUUCCAUUCAGAAAUUAGUUCAUUUCCAUAUGAAGUUCCUGAUGUAAAAUUUGAUAUUCCUAAUAUAAGAAACGAAAAUACUUUAGAGUUAAUCAAUAAAUAUGGAAAUCAAAUUAAAAGGUUUAACUUUUAUAAUUUUAUGUUUAUGACAGUGCCCUCUGAUUUAGGAAAUUAUAAUUUUUCAAACAAUGACAUAAAACUAUUAAAGACAAAACAUAAAAUAAAUAUUACAUUUCAAUAUAAAAAUAAAGAAGAAGUUAAAUUAUUUCCAUAUACUUUUGAUAACGAUGAUCAAUAUAAAGACGAAAAAUGUGAAAAUGUUUCAAUUUGUAAACCAUCCAGCUUGUUUUCUACUGCCACUGAAUAUUCUAAGAGCGUAAAUUUGAAACCAAAUUACAAUUCACUUUUAUCAAGUGAUGCUAAUAUCAGUGGGGGUAGUGCUUUAUUCGGUAACAUUUUUGAAUCUUCAGACGAUCCUAUAAUAUUCACUGAUGAUGAUCUGGUCGUUAAAGAGAUAAGUCUCCAAAAAAAUAAUGAAAUUAAUAUUUUAAAUUUAAAGACCUCCCUACCAAGUUCUACAUUAAAGCCUACAUAUAAUUUAGUCUCUUCCAAUAAUACUUCAUAUAACAGAAGUGAAAGUCUUCCUUAUAAGAGAAAUUAUCACUGUACCUCAGAAAAGGAAAAUGAAAUAAUUAUAACACCAAGAAAUCAGACACUGAAUGAUGUAACUUUGAACUCUCAUAACACAAAUAUCUUACGUGACAAAAAAAAUUUACAAGAACAAAUGGUCAAUUGUAAAAUAAAAAGUUUAGAUGAAAUUUCUAUAAAAGAAUUCAUCAAAUAUAAACUAACGAGAUUAAAAAUAGGUAUAGUCGCAAAGAGCGAAUAUGUAUAUGACAACAAUUAA